AAAAUUUAUUUACACAUUUAAAGUAAGACAUAAUUCAAAAUGAAGAUCAAGAAGCAGCACCGUAAAAAGAAGUAUCUACAUAAACUGAAUCGGAAACGAAUGCAUCUUAAGCAACGUAGCACCGGCGAAGUGAAUUGUAAACCAAUAAAGGAUGCAUGGGAUUUUAAGAAAUCGUCUUUGCGUAAUAUGAAAGAAAUGGGACUUGCUAGUGAUCCCAAUAAAGUCAUAAAAAUACCUAAUUUCAAACAGGAGAAAGUGAAAAUGGCUAAGAAGAUAAUUAAUCAAGAAGAAUCCGAUGACGAUAGUGAGGAAGAAGUAGUACAACCAGUAGUGAAAAAAGAGGUUGUUGAAAUAUUAGAGAAAGAAGCUAGAGCUCCACGACCAAGAAGAUUUAUGUUGCCCAAAGGUCAAGUUGAGUUUAUAACAUAUUUAUUAGAUAAAUAUGGUCAUGAUUACAAAGCUAUGGAAAGAGACAAGAAAAACUAUUACCAAGAAACUUGGAAACAGUUGAGGGCAAAAAUCAAGACAUUUAUGGGCAUUCCAAAGCAGUAUGGUGAAUAUUUAGCUUCUAAAGGUUUACUAGAUAAGGAUGAUGAUGAUGAAGAAUUGAAGAAAAUAGCAAAAGCUUUAGUUGUAGAUGACUAGUGUGAUAAGCUACUAUUAAGUACUUGAUCUUGUUUUUUUUCAAUGUAAAUAAAGUUAUUUUUAAGGAAAA